AGGCCGAGGGGCCCGCCCUGCUGCGCCGCGGGCUUCCGGCCUCGCAGGCACGCGGCCCAUUUCACUUUCCAGCCGGACCCGGAGCCCACUCAGUAUGGCCAGACACAAAAAAUGAAUCUUUUCCAGUCUGUAACAAGUGCCUUGGAUAAUGCCUUGUCCAAAGAUCCGACUGCAGUAAUAUUUGGUGAAGAUGUAUCCUUUGGUGGAGUCUUCAGGUGCACCGUUGGCUUGAGAGACAAAUAUGGUAAAGACAGAGUUUUCAAUACACCCUUAUGUGAACAGGGAAUUGUAGGCUUUGGCAUUGGAGUUGCAGUUGCUGGGGCUACAGCAAUUGCGGAAAUUCAGUUUGCUGAUUACAUUUACCCUGCCUUUGAUCAGAUUGUUAAUGAGGCAGCAAAGUAUCGUUAUCGCUCUGGCAAUCUCUUCAACUGCGGAAGUCUCACAAUAAGAGCACCUUGGGGCUGUGUGGGUCAUGGUGCAUUAUAUCACUCUCAAAGCCCAGAAGCCUUUUUUGCCCAUUGCCCAGGGCUAAAGGUGGUUAUUCCGAGAAGUCCUAUUGAAGCCAAAGGACUGUUGCUAUCAUGCAUAGAAGAUGAAAACCCUUGUAUAUUCUUUGAACCUAAAAUAUUGUACAGAUCAGCAGUGGAACAAGUCCCCGUGGAGCCGUACUACCUUCCACUUUCUCAAGCAGAAGUGCUGCAGAAUGGAAGUGACGUUACUCUGGUGGCUUGGGGCACUCAGGUUCAUGUUAUGAAAGAGGUAGCAGUUAUGGCUCAAGAAAAACUUGGUGUCUCCUGUGAAGUAAUUGAUCUGAAAACUAUUCUACCUUGGGAUGCAGAUACAAUAUGCAAGUCAGUGGUGAAGACUGGACGAUUACUAAUCAGCCAUGAAGCCCCUAUUACUGGAGGAUUUGCAUCUGAGAUUAGCUCCACGGUUCAGGAGGAGUGUUUCUUGAAUCUAGAGGCUCCCAUUUCAAGGGUCUGUGGUUAUGAUACUCCAUUCCCUCACACCUUUGAACCAUUCUAUAUCCCAGACAAAUGGAAAUGUUAUGACGCUCUUCGGAAAAUGAUUAAUUAUUGAUUAAACAGG